AUGAGAAUAAAUCUCGUCUGUCUCGCUUCUCUACUUCUGAGCAUAGGCAACAACCAUGUUAAUGCAUCGAAUGACACUGAACUUCCUGCUGCUGAAACACCCGAGCUUUCCGAAGAGUCCUUGUUGGCGACCCUUCAAGCCGCCCAAGGCUUUUUGCAAUCCCUGGAUGCCGGCAAGGAAGACGGCCUCUUGGCUUCCAUUGACGAAUUGGUAACAAAGAGCCAAGAAUUAGAAAAUAUGCAAGCCUCUCUCAAAGAAAGGCAAGACUCGAUUGAUGAGUUGAUGAAGGAGGCCAACGUCAUGCAAUUGGAAUCAUUGGCCGAGCGAUUGGUGGAGACUUUGGAAAAGGAAUUGGAACUGCGAGCCUCAUUGGACGCUUAUGUUGAACGUUACGGUGAAAUCAUAGAGGAGGAGGAAGAAGAAGAUGAAGAGGUUGUCGAUCCUGGAGAGAUUGUCUCCCUUGCGGAAUUGCAAAAGCGGUUGGAUGUCUCUCGAAUAAUGAGUCAAAGUGAAAAGAAGAUUCAAGAUUGGGCCAUGGACAUCAUGAAGGAUGAAGUCGAAAAGUACAAGACGAAACUUUUGGCCAAUAGCGUGUCCAAGCCUCCCGAUUGUCCGUCCGUAAAUGAAAUUGUCCAAGAAGUUGCUUCCGCUGUGACCAAAUAUUCCAAGGAUGGCAUUGGAUUGGUGGAUCAUGCGCAAGGAGCCAAUAUUGUGCAUUCGUUGACGUCGGCAACCUAUACUCCACCACCAGAUGAAUCAGAAUUGUUGGGGAAUUCUUUGUGGCGCAAAUACAUUCCAGAGGAUUGGGAACAACUCUUGCCGAAAGGAUGGGAAAAAUGGAAUUUGGGCAUUCCAGCAGCAGUGUAUCAUUCUCUUAACAUCAAGGGUGCCAAAGUGGCUCCACCUGAAGCCAUUUUGGAAGACAAGACAACUCUUGGUGCAUGCUGGCCAAUGGAAGGAAAGAAGGGUCAGGUUACUAUGCGGCUGGCGUAUCCAAUGAGCAUGGAGACUGUAUCUAUUGAUCACGUAAAUCUGAAUCUGAUCCCAGAGGACAUGUAUGGCUCAGCUCCCAAGACCAUUAAGGUCAUUGGGUAUCCAGCUUGUACCAACAAGGGAGACGAGUGCUACUCAAUGGGUUUUGAUAUGUACGAUCCUAUUGAUAUUGCUUACGUCGACUAUGAUAUUGAAGGACCAUCAGUCCAAACCUUCAAUACUAUCUAUGCUCGAUCCGAGGGAUCCAUAGAGGAGGGCGAGGAAGGCGAAGGAUCUUGCUCGGUUGACGAAGCUCAAGAGGCAGCUUGCAGUUCACCGCCAAAAACUGACAUUGGAGGAAUUACACUGAAAAUCUUGGACAACUGGGGGAAUGAUGAUUUCACAUGUAUUUAUCGAUUCCGAGUACAUGGGCAGCCAUCGUUUUAA